AUGGCGGCCAGGGAGGAGGUGCUCACUUUGGAGGCUGAAGUUGCCCAGCGUGAGGAGGAGCUGAGUUCCCUGAAGCAGAGGCUGGCGGCGGCUCUUCUGGCCGAGCAGGAGUCAGAGCGGUUGGUUCCGGUGUCUCCCCUGCCGCCGAAGGCCGCCCUGUCCCGAGAUGAGAUUCUGCGCUACAGCCGGCAGCUCGUGCUGCCUGAGCUGGGCGUACAGGGAUAGCUGUGCCUGGCGACCGCGUCCGUGCUGGUCGUGGGCUGCGGGGGGCUCGGCUGCGCACUGGCGCAGUACCUGGCAGCGGCCGGCGUCGGCCGCCUGGGCCGUGUGGACUACGAUGUAGUAGAAGUGAGCAACCUGGCCCGCCAGGUGCUGCACGGCGAGGAGCUGGCCGACCAGGCCAUCUUUUCGGCCGCCGCUACACUGCGCCAUCUCAGUUCGGCGGUGGAGUGCGUGCCCUACGCCCAGGCGCUUACGUCAGCCAUGGCGCUAGACCUGGUCGGCCGCUAUGACGUGGUGGCUGAUUGCUCCGACAACGUGCCCACUCGCUACUUGGUUAACGACGCCUGUGUGCUAACCGGCCGGCCCCUCGUGUCGGCCAGCGCCCUGCGCUUCGAGGGCCAACUCACAGUCUACCACUACGGCGGUGGGCCUUGCUAUCGCUGCGUGUUUCCGCAACCACCUCCGGCGGAGACGGUGACCAGCUGCGCGGAUGGCGGGGUGCUUGGUGUGGUUACCGGGGUCCUGGGCUGCCUGCAGGCGCUGGAAGUGUUGAAGAUCGCUGCAGGUCUGGGCCCCUCUUACAGUGGCAGCCUGUUACUCUUUGAUGCCCUCGGAGGUCAUUUCCGCUGUAUUCGGCUGCGAAGGCGCAGGCCCGACUGUGCAGCUUGCGGGGAGCGGCCCACUGUGACUGAUCUGCAGGACUACGAAAGCUUCUGUGGCUCCUCAGCCACCGAUAAGUGCCGCUGCCUACAGUUGCUGAGCCCGGAGGAGCGAAUUUCUGUCGUCUACUAUAAGCGACUUCUGGAUUCCGGGUCACCCCACGUGUUGCUGGAC